GCCUCCGCUCCGGCACCGAACGGGCGGGGUCGGGUCCGGUCGCAGCCGUUCGGCCGCCGGGGUACCGUUAAACCGGAGCGGGGCAGCCGAGGCUUCCCGCAGCCUGCGCUGCCUCUGCGGCCACCGGACCCCGCAACGCCGCGGAUCGCUCCUAAACCCGCCCGCUGCUUUAAAGCAGAGCCCGUCCCUGCUGCCCCCACCCCCGGGGGCCGGACUACAGCUCCCGGCGGCCCCGGGCGCCCGCCCCGCCGCUUCCCGCCCCGCCGCUUCCCGCCCCGUCGCUUCCCGCCCCGCCGCUUCCCGCCCCGUCGCUUCCCGCCCCGCCGCUUCCCGCGCGUCUUUCCCGCCCCGCCGCUUCCCGCGCGUCUUUCCCGCCAUGGCGCGCUUCGAGCCCGCGGCGCUGCCCGAGCUGCUCCCGCUCUUCUACCGCCGCCUCUUCCCGCACAGCACCUACGGCCGCUGGCUCGCGUACGGCGGCGUGGAGAAGAACUACUUCCAGCUGCGGGAGUUCUCCUUCACGCUGCGGGACGACAUCUACGUGCGGUUCCAGUCCUUUGGCAGCCCCCAGGAGCUGGAACGGGAGCUGCAGAAGAUCAACCCCUACAAGAUCGACAUCGGCGCCGUUUACUCCCACCGUCCCAACCAACACAACACAGUGCACCUGGGAGCCUUCCAGCCUCAGGAGAAGGAGCUGGUCUUUGACAUCGACAUGACAGACUACGACGAUGUCCGGACGUGCUGCAGCUCUGCUGAGAUCUGCUCCAAGUGCUGGACCCUCAUGACCAUCGCCGUCCGCGUCAUCGACCGCGCGCUCGUGGAGGAUCUGGGCAUGAGGCAUCGGCUCUGGGUGUACUCGGGACGGAGGGGAGUCCACUGCUGGGUGUGUGACGACGCCGUGCGGAAAUGGUCCCCGGCACUGCGGGCGGCUGCCGUGGAGUACCUGAGCCUGGUGAAGGGUGGAGCAGAGACUAUGAAGAAGGUGAACCUCUCUGAGCCCAUCCACCCCUUCAUCAGGCAGUCGGUCAACGUGGUGGAGAAGUACUUCGAGGCAUAUGCACUGCUGGGCCAAGACAUCCUGGGCAGCCCUGAGAGCUGGGACAAGGUGCUGGCCCUCGUCCCAGAGGAGCACCGUGAGCCUCUGCAGGGCGAGUUCCCCAAGAAGCGGGACUCAGCGCAGCGCUGGGAGCUGCUGAGGAGCAGGAUGGAGCGGACAAGGAGGGCGGGGGGCACCGGGAAGAGCCCGCCGUGCUACGCAGACUGGGAGAUCAUGCUGCAGUACUGCUUCCCCCGCCUCGACAUCAACGUCAGCAAAGGGCUUGGCCACUUGCUGAAGAGCCCUUUCAGUGUUCACCCCAAAACAGGUCGCGUUUCAGUGCCGCUGGAUCUACAAAGGUUGGAGCAGUUUGACCCAUUUGCUGUGCCCACCAUCAGCUCCCUGUGCCACGAGCUGGAUGUGGCUGGCGCUGACGGGGAGCAGGAGGACGGUGGGGAAACGGAGCCAAAGCGCCGUGUGAGAGACUACAAGAAGACGAGCCUGGCACCCUAUGUGCGGGUGUUUGAGCAGUUUGUGGAGGAGAUGGAGCGUGCCCGGAGAGGAGAGAGGCUGCGGAGGAGUGACCUACAAGGAGAGUUUUGAGGCUUGGCUGCCAGGGGACACCGAGGGACAGACUCUGCUGUGGUCACCUCCACUGCUGGCUGUGGGGGUUUUGUGCCCUGGAGCAGGGAGCCUGAGGUCUGAACCUCCCUGACUCCCUGCCCUCACUCCCUGUCCUGCUCCCCACAAGCCCCACAGGGGCCUUUCACAUGUUUUUUGUACUUUUUCUACACAAA